GACCAAGCACUGGCGGACGAGAUCCUCAAGGCACGAUCUACUUCUGGCGUGAGUACGAACGAAAUCACGGCUUCCUCUGCUAGUGGGCACCUUCCCCAUUCAAAGUCGACGGCAAGCUCUACUAUACCGCAGAGCACUGGAUGAUGGCAAGCAAAGCGCGCCUCUUUCGCGACCAGCCCAUGAUGGUCAAGAUCUUGCAGGCCUCGCAUCCGGGCAAGGCGAAAGCGCUCGGCAAGCAAGUCAGAGGCUUCAGCGAGAAGGUGUGGGUGCAGAACUGUGAUCAGAUCGUGGAAGAGGGCAACAUGCACAAGUUUCGCGGCAACGAGGGACUGAAGAAAAAGCUGCUUGCGACGGGCGAUCGUGAACUGGUCGAGGCGAGCCCGCAUGAUCGCAUCUGGGGUGUUGGGUUCGAUGCUGCCCAUGCUGAGGCGAAUAGACAGUAGUGGGGCCAGAGCAAACUGGAUGUGGCAUUGAUGAGAGUGAGGGAGAGGCUGAGAGAGGAAGAUCGGAUGAAGGAGAAGAAGGGUGAGGUUGUUGAGGGGGUCGAUGGAGACGAGGCAGAAGAGUCGCAGGCUGGCUGAUGCGGGUCGGAGCGGUGGAGCAUAGGGAGUCUGAGGAGUCUGGGGCCUUGGUGAAGUCCAAUCGUGCACCAUCGAGCAGUGAUAAAGGCUUUCGUCGUAUAAUUUUGUAUGAGUACAAUGUAUCCGGGGCGCCUCCCUGGCUCUCCCUCAAGAUCUCGGUCGGCAUCCAUGCCUCGGCAGGAACCGCGAAUCCUUCCAAUUCCUUCCUUCCUAAGAUCUCCCAUCAAGUCCAUCCUUUCUCCUCACAAUUCCUGCAUUACUAGCAAAGACGGAGAAAUACCUCAGAAGCUCAGCCACUCUGUCUCCGUCCCGGCCAAGAGACGUCGAAGCUCGCCAGACGAGGCAAGCGAUAUGCAUCUAUUCUCGGCCACGGCCAGCAGGGAACAUCGGCAGCUAAAAACAUAGCGCAUUAAGGCUGAUGUAAGUACCUGCGGCCUGCCUAUGCAAGAUCUCUUCUCUGUGCGCAUUCUCAUCAAGUCGUGAUCUUUGCAUCUGCCGAGCAAAUCAUCACACAAAUGGGCAGCAUACGGCUUCGGAGGCAUGCAGACACCUCCCGACAGCGACGAGGACACUCGAUUUCGUGAAAUCGCCACCGAAGAUGAGGUGGACCUCGCAGCCUAUGCAGACGAGUCGAACCUCCCGCGUCAUGGCAGCCAGCCGUUCCGAGGAAUCCGAGCGCUUUCUGGUGCUACCAAAGACCAGCAGUUGAUUCGACGACACCGCAAGACUCAAAAGAAUCCACCACGGACCCCAGAAAGCGCCAAACAUGCGCCGCCCCUUCUGGUGUACAAGCCGACUGCUGCAGCCACGCGCCUGAGGACGGAGCUCGUCGACAUGAUGGUCAGGACUCACCGAAACGACAUCUGGUUCCAGCUGGUCCCCUCGCGAAUCGGCCACGACGAUGCUGUCGAUGCGGCGGCCAAGGCAAUUGUGAAGGCAUCGGAUCUUGCGGCCAAACGAACCAAUGUCACCCAAGACAGCUGUCUGUCCAGCUAUGGCCGCGCCAUCACUUCCUUGCGAGACAACAUGGCAAAAUCCGCCUCCGCAGAUGAUACGCUUCUUGCAGUCGCCCUCCUGGUCACAUUCGAGCGGCUCUUUUCCUGGACUUCGGCCCCAUUGCGCUCGCAUAUGCAUGGCAUUGCUGCCAUCCUGAUGGCGCAAGCGACUUCGAACAAACCCCCAAGCGACCUGUCUUGUGCUCUGAUGUAUACAUUCUGGCCCAUUGCCUUCAUCGGACCGUGCGUGAUGGGCACGCCUUCUCCCUUCGAAUGCCCACGAUGGCUCGAAGCUGAGCCGGUCCCAUUCUCGAAAGAGAAGAUGAAAGCGCAAUGGGCCCCGGUCGGCAGGCUGAGAAAGCUGAGCAACCAGCAUUUCAUUCGUCUGCCGCGCCUCAUCGUCUGCGUGAAGAGCCUCCAAAGCAGCCCGAAUGCGGAAGACGUGGAGAAGGCGGUGCUUCUCGCCAAAGAUCUGCUCCGGCUUGAAGAUCAGGACGCUGAGAGUGAACUGCUGCACCACGUCAAUAUUCAAAAGAUGGAGUCUCCUGCAACCGCCGACAUCACCCCAUAUGUCAUGAAUUUCAGCACCAUUCCCGAAUAUGAAGCAGCCAUGCAUUACUGGUCCACACGCAUCUUUCUGCUCCGACUUUGCUGGCGCCUGAACACCUUAUUUCCAAAGAAUUACGCCGAGCACCAUCUCCCUCCGAAGACUGAAAUCCAAGCACAAAUCUCGCGCUUGGCAGCCAAUGUCCUCAUGGCCUGUCACUGGGCCACGGACAAAGACGAAGCUGGCCACAGCUGCUGCAUCCUGGACCUCGUCGCUGUUUGGGGCGUCUUGAACGAUUUCGACGUCUUUGCCGCUCGAGGAUUGUCGCCGGCCAAAGCGAGACUCUUGCUUCGCGUCGUGGGUCAGCAGAUCAUGAGUAUCACCAGUUCUAAUGCGUUCGAGGAGAGCGGGCAGAGACUGCAAGCCGCUGCUGAGCUGUUCGUUGGCGGCCAGAGCUCUGGUAUUCUGGCUUUCACUUUUAAGAAGCCUGGAUGAG